GGGUUUAGCUACUCCUGGCGCGCAGGCCUGACCUGGGCACCGUGCCCCGAGCCCGUGACACAGUGGGGAGUGUCCCUUCGUCUGCCCGCCUGCGAGGGGCUGAGGAGGCCUGGAGCUGGGCGCAGAGUUGCGGGGCCGGUCGUUUCCCCGUGAGGCUCUCCCCAGAAUCCCUGCUGCCUCCGGGCAGUGGAGGAGCGGGCACCGAGGUCGCAGGUGUGGCUGGGGCCGUUUUUCCUGGUGCUCUGCGUGAGAGCUGGGUUCCAGAGCCUGGUCCCUAGGAGGAGAGCGGCGGAGCGGAGCCCGUGGGCGGAGGCCGGGCGCGUGAGGGGUCUGGGAGUGGGAGCGGGAGAAGAGCAUCGCCCCCGCAGCCAUGCUGCGCGCCGCUGGGAAGUGGACCCGGGUUUGACGGCCCUGCUCUGGGCGCUGCGGGUUGGCUGGGCGUCGCUGCCGGAGUGGGAAUGCCUGGUGUCACCCAGCUUGCUCCCCGCUCCCUGAACCCCAGGAGGACCGCAGGGACCCGGCCGGAGGACAGAGAUUUGGACCUAGUGAAAGGACAUCGUCCCUUUGCACCAGCUAUGGACUCCACAGCAUCAGUUCUCCCUUCUCAGGACCCUGCUCUUCCUCCAGAGAGAUGCCCAGGAGAAAAGGGAACAGCCAGCUUAUUCCUGAAGGCCAGGCCCCAGGACCUGAUGACAUUUGAGGAUGUGGCUGUGGAACUCACCCGGUGGGAGUGGGGGCAGCUGGACCCUACUCAGAAGGACGUGUACCGGGAAGUGAUGCUAGAGAAUUUCAAGAACCUGGCCUCCCUGGGGUUUCCAAUGUCCAAACCGUAUGUGAUCUGCCGGUUGGAGGAAGGGGAAGAGCCCUGUAUUUUGGAGAGAGAAAUCUCAACAGGUGCCCCCGCAGACUGGGAGAGAAGGCAUCAAGCCAAGGAAUCAAUGCUAAGUCAGGGAAUUUCCAAAGAAGAAUUAUUCCAGAUAGCAUCAGUGGAAAAAGACAUUAGAGAUGAACUCUGGUCCUCCAAACUGAAAGCAACUUGUGGUUGUGAUGACCAGUUAGAGAUGCAUCCAAAAAAGGAGAGACGUCUGAAAGAAAUGUCACUCACUCACAAAUAUACUACCACCCUUAGGAGAGAUCAUGAGUGGAGUGAAUUUGGGACAAGUUUGGGUUUAAGAUCAGUCCCUGUUAACCAACACAGUGUUCUCAUGGGAGAAGGAUACUAUAAAUGUGAUACAGAUUUCAGAGAGACUUCAGGGAGAAAUAACUCUCAGAGAACCCAUCCAGGGAAGAAAUCUUGUAAAUGCAAUGAAUGUGGGAAGUUGUUCCAUUUCCAGUCAGAACUUAGGCGCCAUCAGAGAUGUCACACUGGAGAAAAGCCCUAUGAGUGCAGUGAAUGUGGAAGAGCCUUUGGUCAUAUUUCAUCCCUUAUUAAACAUCAGAGAACUCAUACUGGAGAAAAGCCCUAUGAAUGCAGCGAAUGUGGGAGAGCCUUUAGCCAGAGUUCAUCUCUUGUUCUACAUUAUAGAUUUCAUACUGGAGAGAAACCCUACAAAUGUAAUGAAUGUGGAAGGGCCUUUGGUCAUACUUCAUCCCUUAUUAAACACCAGAGAACUCACACUGGAGAAAAGCCCUAUGAAUGCAGAGAAUGUGGGAGAACCUUCAGCCAGAGUUCCUCUCUCAUUGUACAUUACAGAUUUCAUACAGGAGAGAAACCCUACAAAUGUAAUAGAUGUGGGAAAGCCUUCAGCCAGAGUUCUUCUCUCACUCAACAUUAUAGAUUUCAUACCGGAGAGAAACCCUAUAAAUGUAACGAAUGUGGAAGAGCCUUUGCUCACACUGCAUCUCUUAUUAAACAUCAGAAAAGUCAUGCUGGGAAAAAAACCCUAUGAAUUCAGACAAUGUGGGAAGGCUUUCAGCUGGAGUACACACACCACUAAACCUCAGAGAAUAUACAU